AGAGAGCUUCAGUUGAUGCGCUCGAUGGAUCAUCCAAAUGUUGUUUCUUUGAAGCAUAGUUUUUCCUCGACCACCAGUAUAGAUGAUCUUUUCCUCAACCUGGUUAUGGAGUACAUGCCUGAAUCCUUGUACCGGGUACUCAAGCAUUAUAGCGGUAUUAACCAGAGGAUGCCACUUAUAUUUGUUAAGCUCUACACAUAUCAGAUUUUUAGAGGGUUGGCUUAUAUUCGUAACGUUCCAGGAGUUUGUCAUAGAGAUGUGAAGCCACAAAAUGUUUUGGUCGACCCUCUUACUCACCAAGUGAAGAUUUGUGAUUUUGGGAGUGAUAAAAUUUUGGUUAAGGGCGAAGCAAACAUAUCUUACAUUUGUUCAUGGUAUUAUCGUGCUACUGAACUCAUAUUUGGCGCAACAGAAUACAGUACUUCAAUUGACAUAUGGUCAGCAGGUUGUGUCCUUGCGGAGUUACUCCUUGGCCAGAUUUUUACCUGUUCUUUUAUAUUUCAACCACUAUUUCCUGGAGCAAGUGUUGUUGAUCAUCUUCUUGAGAUAAUCAAUGUUCUUGGUACUCCAACUCGCGAGGAAAUUCGAUGCAUGAAAACUAACUACACAGAUUUAGCUAUUCAAAGAUUAAAUCUCAUCCAUGACAUAAGGUUAGGACUUCAUAGAUCUUGA